AUGUCACACACCAUCCAGCCACGUCCCUCCACCUACUCACUGGCCACCCAUAUGAGCGCCGGCGGCCCCGCCAUCCGCAGAAACUCCAGGGCUUGUCUCAACUGUAACUGCAGUCCCGGUCUACUGUCACGUCAGGGCCGGAUGAGCUCCACAUACUACAAACGGAUGUCGCUUACGCGUUCUGGGUCCAACCCGAGCUCACCUGGGAAGUCCACUCGCGCCUCGAGCGUCAUCGAUCAGGUGGUGAAUCCUUGUGCCGAGGAGGACAAGGAGAUCAACACCUCCAGAAGACUCGAAGCCUUGAGACUGGAGAUGCAGAAAGAAGACAUCGAGAUCUACAUUGUUCCCAGUGAAGACGCACACCAGUCAGAGUACACAGCCCCAGCGGACCAGAGGAGAAGCUUCAUUUCGGGUUUCAGUGGCAGUGCGGGAGUUGCUGUCAUCACCCGUGAUCCCAUGUGUAUGAACGAGCAGCCCGAAGGGCUUUCUGUGUUAUCGACAGACGGAAGAUACUUCACCCAGGCGACUCAGGAGCUUGACUUUAACUGGUCUCUUUUGCGCGAGGGAGUGCCCGAAGACCCUACGUGGCAGCAAUGGACUGCUUUCAAUGCUGUGCAAAUGUCCCAGGAUUCUGGAAGAGAAAUCCACAUUGGAAUCGACCCCAAACUUGCAUCUUACGUCUCUAUUGAAUCUCUGGACCAGAUCGUGAAGCAAAAACUGGAGGGGUUCAAAGACACAAAGCUCAAACCAGCAGUGAGUCUCAAGCCGGUAUCCAGGAAUCUGGUUGAUGCCAUUUGGGGCCGUUUUGAGGUCGCUGUCCCACGUCACCUUGAACCCAUUCGUAUACUGGAGAAAAGUCUGACUGGACUCGAUGUGUCCGAAAAGCUCAAGCUUGUAAAAGAGAAACUGGAGAAGGUGGGAGCAACUUCUAUUGUUGUGAGUGCUCUUGACGAGAUUGCGUGGUUCUUGAAUAUCAGAGGAUCUGAUAUUGAGUAUAACCCUGUUUUCUUCGCAUACCUGAUCAUUGACGGCGAUAGCAUAAAAGUCUAUGUGGAUGCCCAUGAAAGAUUUGCAGCCUUUUCCCAGUAUCUGGAGUCUAACAAUAUCAAGUUGUUCAAGUACAGUCAGAUCUUUGAAGACGUCAAAGAUCUCUCCAGCAGGUCGAAGCUGGUGGCUCUCCCAGCGAAAACCACGUCCUGGGAGAUCGUUAACCACAUCACAGAAAAGAAUUUCAAGCUCGUGGACUCACCAUUGGAUGAACUGAAAUCCACAAAAACCCGCGAGGAGAUCGAGGGCGCCAGGCUGGCGCAGGUCAAGGACUCCACCGCCAUAGUGAAGUUUCUGAGUUGGUUGGAAAACGAGCUUGUUGAGAACGGCGAGCUUAUCGAUGAGGUUGAAGCAGAUGAAAAGCUAUCAGAGUUCAGAAGACAGGAAAAAAAUUUUGUCGGGUUGUCUUUCGAGACCAUCAGUGCCACUGGUGCAAAUGCUGCUGUAGUGCACUAUUCGCCAAAGCAUAGCCCUGCGAUGAUCAAUCCCGCCAAAAUCUACCUCUGUGAUACUGGAUCGCAAUUUUUGGAAGGAACAACAGAUACCACCCGUACUGUGCACUUUACGUCUCCUUCCAAAGAGGAGAUGAACGCCUAUACCUUGGUGUUGAAGGGCCAUGUUGCCCUUGCGAGAACUCGAUUCCCAGAGGGAACCACUGGUUUGAUGAUUGACUCUUUUGCAAGACAGCAUCUUUGGCAACACGGACUGGAUUACCCACAUUCUACAGGCCAUGGCGUUGGUGCUUUUCUCAACGUCCACGAGGGUCCAAUGGGAAUUGGAUACCGCAUUGCGGGUCAUGCCAAGUUUCCUCUGCAACUCGGCAAUUUACUGAGUAACGAACCUGGAUUCUAUAAGCCAGGCGAGUUUGGUAUCAGAAUUGAAAGUAUGAUGUACGUGAAGAAGGCUGAGGACAUUCCAGCGGGCACCAAACAGUUCUACGAGUUCGAGACCAUCACUUUAGUGCCUUUCUGCAGAAAGCUGAUCAACAACAAGUUGCUUACGUUUGACGAGAAGUUCUGGAUCAACGAGUAUCACAAGCAAGUUUGGGAAACAAUCUCUCCAUUGUUGCCUAGAAGAUCUGCUGAGUUGAACUGGUUGAAGAGGGAGACCGCGUGUUUGUGA